AUGGCGGAGUUGCACAUCAUCGGCGAGUUGAGGACGGCAGUGGACUUCGACGAACCGAAUCUGUUUUGUCGGUGGAGUAUCCAAUUCGGUUCGAACUGGAAGGCAAUCGAGGGCCACACGGAGGGUCAGUCCUGUUGCAGUACGGCUCGGAUCGACCACAGAUCGGACUUUGGCACUCCGAUUGAUCUACACCUUGCGACGAGAGGUCUCCAGGGUUGGCCAAAGUUGCACGUCGAAGUUUACGCGGUUAACGCGCUCCGAAACUAUUGGCCCGUUGGCUACGGGUUUGCAUUUGUGCCGGUCCGACCCGGUCAUCACCGAGUGCGUAUUGCCACGUGGCGUGUAACAUCAUCUGCGUUGACCGACGUGGUCCGCGAACGGUUCCAUACCGGCGGGAUUUCGCUUGCCAAAAGUGACAUCGCGUUCUCCGGCAUCGAGCGGUACAAACUGCUCACGAGGACAGCCGGUACGGUCGAGGCCGAGUUGAUGCUAAUAUUCAAAAACUUCGCCGAGUAUGGAGUGGAGCUACAUUAG